AAUGUUAAACAAAUGCAGAGAAAGAAACACUCAAAAAUGUGAAGAAUAUUGGCCUAAAAAGAGAUCGCAGCCAAAGAUAUUUGACGACGUUGAUAUUCAGGCUGAUCUCAGAAGUGGGGAAGAAAGAAUAGUUAGGCAUUUCAACUAUGUUGCUUGGCCGGAUUUUGGUGUUCCAGAGAGUCCCGAACAUUUUUUACGUUUCCUGGGGAAAUUGAGACGUUGCAAAGCGAUCACCCAACCAGAAACUCCUCCAAUAGUUCACUGUAGUGCAGGAGUUGGAAGAACUGGAACACUUUGUCUAAUUGAUGUGUGUUUGGAAAUUUUGGAAAAUAGGAAAACUGAAGAUCCUCCCUUGAAUGUCCUACAGGUUUUACACAACAUGAGGCGGUAUAGGCCCGGAUUGAUCCAAGCCUAUGAACAACUGGCGUUUUCAUUUACUGCUUUAAGUGCGGCUGAAAAAUGUCAAGCUCUUGAUGAAGAAGAAGAAGUUGUUAAAACACCUGUGAACAUUGAAAAUGAUCAGGAAGUGGAUGGUAAUUUGACAAAUAGUAUAAGAGCAAAAAGGCAGCAGAGAUGGAUAGACACGAAGAGAAAAAUUGAUGAAAUGAAGAAGAAUCAAGAGAAUCAUAAUAUAAAGAGAAGGAGAAGGUAUGUAGCCUCCCUAACUAUAGGUGGUGUGGUAAUUGCGGUAGCUGCAAUUGUUUUCGCUGUUUUUUCGAAAUGA